AUGGGUCUCUUCGAAUCCGACGACUACCUGACACCACGCUCGAACUCGUACCACGGCGGCGGCAGUCGAGGUGUCUCACCCGCACGCAGUACACGAAGUGCUCGAAGCACAAAACCCAAUGGCGCAUUCGUACGACCCGCCGCAAGUAAUAGCGGCAGAAACACACGCUCAGCAUCUGGUGCGAGCUUCUUCGGCAAUCUCGGAGGAGGAGGCAGUUCGCGUGGUAUAUUCGGCUCGAGCAGCAGCGGUUCGUCAUACUACAAGAGGCGGCCGCGAGAUGGAUACAUCAAGUCCUUACUUCACAAACUGCAGCGGAUGAUCAAGGAUUUGUGGGCUUAUGCGAGGAGACAUCCGGUCAAGGCGUUCUUUGCGGUCGUUGUGCCAAUGCUCAGUGCUGGUGGUGCGAUCGGAGGGAUCUUGAAGCAGUUUGGGUUCAGGCUUCCGAUGGGCUUGGGUGGUGCUUUGGGUAUGGGUGGCAUGGCGAGGAAGAUGGGAGGCGGAUACUACGGCAGCGAAGGAUAUGGAGACUUGAGGGACUUGGGAGGGCUUGGUGGUGGAGGCUUUAUGGAAGGCGCGGGAAGCUUGUUCCAAGUUGCGAAGAUGUUUAUGUGA